AACGCAGGGUCCGACACCCUUGCAUCACUGGGACACCUCAGCGGCGUUGAGAAAACGACCGGAAGUUGCGUGUAGGCUCCGCGCCGCCCCUGAGGCGUCAUGGCUCCGCUCUGAGGUAAAGUAGGAAAAAAAGGCGGCCAUGGCGCCGAUGGGGAUUCGGCUUUCCCCGCUCGGGGUGGCCGUCUUUUGCCUGCUCGGCCUGGCUGUGCUCUACCACCUCUACUCGGGCUUCCUAGCCGGCCGCUUCGCCUCCUUCCUCUUGGGCGGGCCUCAUGCGCUGGCCGGCGGCGUCGGCAGCGACGGCUUGGUGGACUUGCGGGAGUUGCUGGCCGCUUCAGUGGCGGCGGCGGUCCGCGGCGGGGCCGAGGUGCGUCGAGUCCGCGAGGACAACGCGCUGCACCCCCUGGUGAAAGGAAAGACCCGCGAAGGGGCCGAGGAGAAGAUGACCAGCGGCGACCUGCUCUCCAACCGCAAGAUGUAUUUCCUCCUCAAGGCCGCCUUCCCCGACGUCCAGAUCAACAGCGAAGAACACGUGGAUGAAAACAACCCAGAGAUCAUCGCCUGGGACCGCAUCAUUCCUGAUGAUAUUGCGAGGCAGGUCCAGCCGAAGUUGGUUCCAGCCGAGAGCAUCACCAUGUGGAUCGAUCCUUUGGAUGCAACUCAGGAAUACACAGAGAAUCUUUCCCAGUACGUCACCACGAUGGUGUGCGCGGCGGUGGAUGGGAAACCAGUCGUCGGCGUCAUUCAUAAGCCAUUUUCUGGAUAUACCGCUUGGGCAAUGGUCAAUGGCGGCUCCAACAUUCAACCCCGCUCUUCCUACAACGAACGGACACCGACCAUCAUCGUCUCGCGAUCCCACGAAGGGCAAGUCAAGCAGAUGGCAUGGCAGAGCUUCGGCAACCAAACCGCUAUCAUUAAAGCCGGCGGAGCCGGAUAUAAAGUUUUAUCUCUCCUCAAUGUGCCCGAAGUGCACCAGGAGAAAGCUGACGUCUACAUCCAUGUCACCUUCAUCAAGAAAUGGGACAUUUGCGCCGGCAACGCCAUGCUGAAGGCCCUCGGCGGACGCAUGACCACCUUAGCCGGGGAGGACAUCACUUACACGGGCUCUGACGGCAACGAAGACGGCCUGAUCGCCAGCAUUAAAAUGAACCACCAAGCCCUGGUUGAAAAACUCCCCGUCCUCGCCAAAACCUCCCGAAAUUGAAACCCUGGGGAAGCCCGUGCGAGCUAUUUGAAAUGGGGAGAAUAAAAAAGCCCCCCGUGCAAGCUACUUCAAAUGAAUCUGGUGAAAAAGGGGAGGAUGGAGAGGGAGGGGGCUUGUUUGAGGACCGGAAUCUCGCCACGGCAGCGUUUGGAGAAGACAGUUGGAGCAUGGGAGGGAUGAGCUUCGGAGUCAAGCUUCUUUCCUUUUCAAUUUUGAGAUGG